GGGAAUUCGAGACGCAGCGGGACGCCGAGUCAGAAUAUACGGACGCCCCACAAACGCUAAUAAUAAAAAAAUAUAUAAAUCAACGCUCACAGCUCAAGCCUUUAGCCAUGGAGGAUACGGUGAAAAACACUUUAAAAUGUGAGCUUUAAAGAGAGGUGCUGCAGAAACGAGCGAGAGCGGCUUUCCCCCCUCAUCAUCCACGGCUGAUCUCGACUCAUGUGCUCCCGUCCUCCUCCGUCACUCGCACCGGAGCGAAAAAUGAAGAAGUUUAAUAUCCGUAAGGUGCUGGACGGCUUGACGGCCGUGUCGUCCCCUUCUCCAUCCCCGCAGCUCGGGUCCAAGGAGAACGAGCUCAUCCCGGAGACGCUUCAGUCUGAACACUUCCAGCUCUGCAAGACUGUGCGCCAUGGCUUCCCCUAUCAGCCGUCCUCUAUGGCAUUCGACCCUGUCCAGAAAAUCCUUGCCAUCGGGACUCAGAGCGGAGCUUUGCGAUUAUUCGGCCGACCUGGCGUGGAGUGUUACUGUCAGCACGAGAGUGGAUCAGCCGUCAUCCAGCUACAGUUUCUCAUAAAUGAAGGGGCACUGGUUAGUGCUUUGGCCGAUGACAGUAUUCACAUGUGGAACCUACGACAGAAGAGACCAGCUGUGCUGCACUCGCUCAAGUUCAACAAGGAGAGGAUAACGUUCUGUCAUCUGCCCUUCCAAAGUAAAUGGCUGUACAUUGGCUCGGAACGAGGAAACAUCCACAUUGUGAAUGUGGAGUCCUUUACCCUCUCAGGAUACACCAUCAUGUGGAACAAAGCCAUUGAACUGUCCUCCAAGGCCCACCCCGGCCCAGUCGUUCACAUUAGUGACAAUCCUAUGGAUGAGGGCAAGCUCAUAAUAGGAUUUGAGUCUGGGAUCGUGGUGCUGUGGGAUUUGAAAUCAAAGAGAGCUGAAUCCCGGUACACUUAUGAUGAGGCGAUCCAUUCUGUGGCCUGGCACCACGAGGGGAAGCAGUUUAUCUGUAGUCACUCAGACGGCACACUGACCAUAUGGAAUAUAAAGUCUCCAGUCAAGCCUGUACAGACAAUCACGCCACACGGAAAGCAGCCUAAAGAUGGAAAAAAGCCAGAGCCUUGCAAACCCAUACUUAAAGUAGAGUACAAGACCACGAGAGCAGGGGAGCCGUUUAUGAUCUUCUCUGGUGGUUUGUCAUAUGACACUGUUGGUCGACGGCCAUGCUUGACGGUCAUGCAUGGGAAGAGCACUGCAGUAUUGGAGAUGGACUAUCCCAUUGUAGAUUUCCUCACCCUGUGUGAAACGCCAUAUCCUAAUGAUUUUCAGGAACCAUAUGCUGUAGUAGUUCUCCUCGAAAAGGAUCUAGUUGUUAUUGACCUUGCACAAAAUGGUUACCCUAUCUUUGAAAAUCCGUAUCCCAUGAUGAUUCAUGAGUCUCCUGUGACGUCUUGUGAGUACUUAGCCGAUUGUCCUGUGGACCUCAUACCUGCACUUUACUCUGUCGGGUCUCGCCAGAAACGACAGGGCUACAGCAAAAAGGAAUGGCCUAUCAGCGGCGGAAACUGGGGCCUGGGCACACAAAGCUACCCUGAAAUAAUAAUAACUGGGCAUGCAGAUGGUUCAGUGAAGUUCUGGGAUGCUUCAGCAAUAAUGCUCCAGGUGCUGUACAAACUGAAGACAGCGAAGGUAUUUGAGAAGGCACGCUGUAAGGAGGAGAAACCCAGCUCAGAGAUUGUGGAUGAGGACCCGUUCGCCAUUCAGUUGAUGUCUUGGUGUCCCGAGAGCCGCAUGCUUUGUGUGGCUGGGGUCUCUGCCCACGUCAUCAUAUACAGGUUCAGCAAACAGGAAAUCACCACAGAGGUGGUGCAGUUACUGGAAGUCAGGUUACAGUAUGAGCUGAAUGAUCUAGAGUCUCCAGAUGUGGGAGGAGAUCAGACACCAGCUCCUCCCACACCAAGCACCUCCCCCAGUCCACAAACCUCCGGCCCGCAGACACACCCUUCCACUAGCAGCAACUCUUCAGACGGGAUGCGAGACAACAUACCCUGCCUCAAGGUGCGGAGCAGCCCUCUGAAGCAGUCUCCUGGGUAUCAGGUGGAGCUGGUGGUACAGCUGGUGUGGGUCAGUGGAGAGCCGCCCCAGCAGAUCAGCAGCCUGGCCAUCAACUCCUGCUAUGGCUUGGUGGUGUUUGGCAAUAGCAACGGUCUGGCGGUUGUGGAUUACUUACAGAAGACUGUUCUGUUGAAUCUGGGAACUGUGGAAUUGUAUGGAUCUAAUGACCCUUACCAGAGACAACUGCGAUCGCCACGCAAGAGCCGACAACCUUCUGGAGGGCUUUGUGACAUUAACGAAGGCUCAGCCACCUCAGAGGAUCGCUGCAAGUCCCCCACUUCAGUCUUGAUGUCAAACCAUCAGCAUUUCUACAAUGGAGGAGGGAGAGGAGCAAAGAUGUCACGGAAAUUAAGCUUGCCUACUGAGCUAAAGCCAGACUUGGUCCUACUCUCUGUAUGUCCCCCACGGGGUUCCAUACCCCUAGACAACAGGGACAACUCCUUCAGCCGCUCGCGGAGCUCCAGCGUGACCAGUAUUGACAAGGAAUCACGAGAGGCCAUCACAUCUUUCUUUUUCUGUGAGACGUACACACGCAAAGCAGACGGCGGGCUCACACCUAGUCUGUGGGUUGGCACGUCCUUGGGCACAGUCCUGGCCAUCUCCCUCAACAUGCCCCCUGCUGGAGAGCAGAGGCUUCUGCAGCCAGUCAUUGUCUCCCCUUGUGGCACUCUUAUCAGGUUGAAGGGUAGCGUCCUCCGGAUGGCCUUCUUAGAUUCUACAGGGUCUCUCCUCGCCUCUGCUUUUGAGCCGUGGUAUGAACCCAACGCUCCAGCCAACGGAGAGGAGCGGGACAAGGUCCGUAAGAGACGGCCGGUGUCUGUAUCCCCAUCCACAUCCCAGGAACUGAAUGAAAACCAGUAUGCCGUGGUGUGCUCUGAGAAACAGGCCAAAGUCAUAGCCCUGCCCUCUCAGACCUGCGUAUUCAAACACAACAUCACCGAAGCAUCUUUUGUGCUGCGGGCAGAUGUGGUACAGAUAAACGCUGGCAUUUGUUUGGCUUGCUUCUGUGCCAAUGGACACAUCAUGACCCUCAGUCUGCCAGGGUUGAGACCAUUGCUGGAUGUAAAUUACCUACCCCUGACAGAUAUGAGGAUAGCGAGAACGUUCUGCUUCUCCAACCUCGGCCAGGCCUUGUACCUGACCUCCCCUACUGAGAUCCAGAGGAUCACCUACAGCCAGGAGGUCUGUGAGAACUUACAGGAGAUGCUAGGUGAGCUGUUUACUCCAGUGGAGACACCUGAAGCUCCUAACAGGGGAUUCUUUAAGGGUCUUUUCGGAGGAGGAGCACAGUCUCUAGACAGAGAAGAUCUUUUCGGCGAGACAGGAGCCGGAAAAGCAGCUCGCAGUCUGGCUCAACACAUUCCAGGUCCUGGGGGUAUAGAAGGCAUGAAGGGGGCAGCGUCAGGAAUCGUGGGUGAUCUAGCUCGAGCUCGGAUAGCGUUGGACGAGAGAGGGCAAAAACUGAGUGAGGUGGAAGAGCGGACGGCAGCCAUGAUGGCCAGCGCUGACUCAUUCUCCAAACACGCUCAUGAGAUGAUGCUAAAGUGUAAGGAUAAGAAAUGGUACCAGUUCUGAUCUCCGCAAACAGCAGAGCCCAAAGGGACUCAGGAGUUCUCCUACACAGCCUUGUUCAUCCGUAAUCCUUUUUUCCCACUCUCAUCUUUAUCUCUCCUCUGCUGGACCAGUGGGAUUCCUCGCUCUUUCCUAGCACAAUAUUAAAUACAGUCUGCUUACAGAACUGAGGCACAGACUGAGAGCGGCCCCAAUCUGAGGAAUGCCAUAUACCACGAUGGCAUCCACUCUUCGGUUUUCGUUUGUUCGUUUAAUAUCGCCAAUCCUCUCUCAUGGCGGCUGGGCUUUGUAGGCCCUGAAAUUCCAUUUCUUCUCUCAGUCUUUGAAAUGUUUUUGUGCUGUUGUUUUUUUGGAAUCACGUCCUGCCUCCCACAUCGGAGAGUAGUAAGUAGUCGAAAAAAAGACAAAGAGACUAAACAAAAAAAAAUACAACUAAACAACAAACAUAAAAAAAUAAAAAAAAGAAGUAUAUAUACAUAAUUCUAUAUAAAUCUCCAUCAAAGUCUGUAAAAAUGCCAUACUGUCAUAACUGAAACUAAAAUACGAAGACACCAGGUGAAGCAUGGGAAGAGCUCCAUUCACAGGAAAUGAUGUUUUAACGUGGAGGAGUCAAACCUUUCAGAAGAAGAGAGAACAUCUCCCUUCUCCAAAAAUUUACUCAGUAUAUUCCUGUAACAUUUCCCAAAUUAUACCUUUUGCUUUAAUUAUUAUUAUUUGAAUAUUUAUUUAUUUAUUUAUUAUUUUAUUUAUUUAUUUAGCAAAAUGUAAAUGUCUGCUUAAAUAUAAAAUGCUUUUUGGUGAUCUUUUUACGAAAUUAUUGUGAAUAUCAGUACAAUAACGCUUUACAUUAAAGUACCAUCUUGAGGGUUUCAAAUAAGUUGACAUGAUUUAAAGGUGCCAUCUUGCACAUAAAAUCAAAUCAUAUUCCAUAUUCCAUAACAGAUGGGGGCAGUAUACCUCCA